AUGCACUCACCUCCUAGAGAACAGCCUGCCAUCAUGCUCUGGAAACUGGUUGAAAAUGUCAAGUAUGAAGAUAUCUAUGAGGACCGGCAUGAUGGAGUGCCCAGCCACAGUUCCAGGCUGUCCCAGCUGGGAUCCGUCUCCCAGGGACCCUACUCCAGCGCUCCUCCGCUCUCUCACACCCCAUCCUCGGAUUUCCAGCCGCCUUAUUUCCCACCCCCCUACCAGCCUCUUCCUUACCACCAAAGCCAGGACCCUUACUCCCAUGUCAAUGACCCCUACUCCCUAAACCCCUUGCAUCAACCCCAGCAGCACCCCUGGGGACAGAGGCAGAGGCAAGAGGUGGGAUCAGAAACCGGGUCGCUGCUGCCACAGCCUCGGGCCGCCCUGCCCCAGCUCUCGGGACUGGACCCCAGGCGGGACUACCACUCAGUAAGGAGGCCAGAUGUCCUUCUGCACUCAGCUCACCAUGGCCUUGACUCCGGCAUGGGGGACAGCCUUUCCCUGCAUGGCAUCGGACACCCAGGGAUGGAGGAGGUCCAGUCAGUUGAAGAUGCCAAUAACAGCGGUAUGAACUUAUUGGACCAGUCUGUCAUUAAAAAAGUUCCGGUUCCUCCAAAAUCUGUUACUUCUUUGAUGAUGAAUAAAGAUGGCUUCCUGGGUGGAAUUUCAGUCAAUACCGGAGAGGUGUUUUGCUCUGUACCCGGCCGCUUGUCUUUGCUUAGUUCAACUUCAAAGUAUAAAGUAACUGUGGGAGAAGUUCAAAGACGCCUUUCUCCUCCAGAGUGUCUGAAUGCGUCCCUCCUAGGCGGAGUACUUAGAAGAGCCAAAUCGAAAAACGGGGGGAGAUCUUUGCGAGAAAGGCUAGAAAAAAUCGGUUUGAAUUUACCAGCCGGCAGGCGUAAGGCCGCAAAUGUCACUUUACUCACCUCCCUGGUGGAAGGUGAGGCCGUUCAUUUAGCUCGGGAUUUUGGGUACAUCUGCGAAACGGAGUUCCCAGCCAAAGCUGUUUCGGAGUACCUGAACAGGCAGCACACGGACCCCAGCGACCUCCACUCCAGGAAAAACAUGCUGCUUGCUACAAAGCAACUUUGUAAAGAAUUUACAGAUCUCUUGGCCCAGGACAGGACGCCCAUUGGAAACAGCCGGCCCACCCCUAUUUUGGAACCGGGCAUUCAGAGCUGCUUGACUCACUUCAGCCUCAUCACUCACGGCUUUGGGGCCCCCGCUAUCUGCGCUGCCCUCACGGCCCUUCAAAACUACCUGACUGAAGCUCUCAAAGGCAUGGACAAGAUGUUCUUGAACAACAACACUGCUAACAGGCACACAUCUGGCGAAGGACCAGGUAGUAAAACUGGAGACAAGGAAGAGAAACACAGAAAAUGAGAGAGAGAGAGAGGAAAAAAAAAAA